AUAUUCGCAUCAUGUUGAGGGCAUUCAAGACACGGAAUCCCUACAUGCGAGGAAUAAGAGGAAGCUCGACGCGAUAGACGCCCUUCCUGCUGUCGCCCCAUCGCCUCCGCGACACGAGAGACUCUGGUUCGACGACGGCAAUGUGGUUAUACUUAUCAAUGAGUUUCUAUUCAAAAUUCAUAGUUCCGUGCUCGAGUUACAUUCAGCCAUUGUCAUCCACCUCAGCCGUCAACAAUACGAAGCAGUCUCAAGCUUCCUCGAGUUGCUACCUGAUUUUAUAUUCUUACAUACUACCGAUCGUGAAUUCGAUUUUGCAGAGCUGCUACUCAUUCUAUACGGCCUAGAUAGGUUAUUUAUUGAUCGUCGUAUCUGUAUCUCGUUCGCUAAUCCGCGUCCCAUCGCCUUGCUCUCGCUCAAGUACAAUGUUCCAGGAAUUCCCGAGGAAGUCUCUGCACGACUCCGUGCCGUCUUCCCCGCAAAUCUCGAUUAUCCUCUGACAUGGGUAGACAUCAGCUCCUAUCUGCGAGCAUUUUAUGGAAAUCCCGUUCAAUGCUCCGAGGCCGACUGCAUCGCAGUCGUCGACCCGUCUGGACGACUUAAUCUCCAAUAUGUUUGGGUGACGACAGCGUAUCACUGCUGCAGACUAGAUCCAGCGCUCCCUUUCGACGGAGCGCAGUGCGGAGGCGAGAGAGUGCAACUCACGCCAGACGAGCUGCGCCUCUGCGCCAUUGCCAUCAAACAGCUCUGUGAAGCAAGCACGCGGGUCAUGUGGCUCAUCGCGAUGUGCAUGCUUACCCGCUGUCAUUUCCGAGGAGCGAGCCCUGCUCGACCCUGA